AUGAGAGAAUUGAAGAUUGCUAAAUUAUGUUUAAAUAUUUGUGUUGGUGAAUCUGGUGAUAGAUUAACUAGAGCUGGUAAAGUCUUGGAAGCCCUCACAGGACAGCCACCUGUCUUUGCUAAAGCUCGUUACACAAUCCGUGCGUUUGGUAUCCGACGUAAUGAGAAAAUUGCUGUAUAUGCUACAGUCAGAGGCCCUAAAGCAGAAGAAAUCUUAGAAAGAGGAUUAAAGGUCAUUGAAUAUGAAUUGAAAACCAGAAACUUCUCCAACUCUGGCAGUUUUGGUUUUGGUAUCCAGGAACACAUUGAUUUGGGAAUCAAAUACGACCCAAGCAUCGGUAUCUAUGGUAUGCAUUUCUACAUAGUCCUGGGCAGAGCUGGAUACAAUGUAUCUAAAAGACGAAGAUGUAAAAAUAGAAUUGGUAUUAAACACAGAAUUACCAAGGAUGAAGCCAUGAAAUGGUUUCAACAGAAGUAUGAUGGUAUAAUUCUGCCUGGAAAAUAA